UCCUAAGAAAUGCAAUGCAACACAGUCACUGCUUGUCCUUUAUCAUCUCAGCAAAUUGUUUGCUUACAAACAUAUUACUUAAAGCAACAACAGAAUCAACUUUAGUUUAUAUAUCUAUAUCUAUAUCUAUAUAUUUGCAUAGUUUCUCACUUUUCGGCUGCCAACUACUUAUAUUACACUCCAUUGUUCUUACUCUCAAGAAAAACCAGUGAGGUAUUGAUCCAAUCUCAAUGGAUUCAAGAGCUUACAUCAUCCUUAGAGUCAGCAUUGCACAUCUUUGCCUCUUGAUCCUAGUUUCCACUCUUUUUCCUCUGUCUGGUGCAAUAAAACAUGGAGGAGGUAUAAUUAGUAGAAGCCCCUCCAUCAAAUCAUGGAAGAAACUAGAAUCUCGAAACAGUAUAAACAAAUUUUCAUCAUUUGAAUACUUAGACAUUGACUCAUAUGGUUCUCCUUCUUCUCAACCAUUUCCACCUUUCAAUUCACUUGCACCACAACCUUAUUCCUCUCUUCCAAACCCACCACCAAGUCCAAAAACCAUUGUUACAAUUUCACCACCACCAACACCACCACCUCCAAGCCCGCCAAAACAUGUUCCAAGCCCACCUAAAGUUGUUAUAAGCCCACCUAUGGCUUAUCCACCACCACCACCUCAUAAAAGCUCACCACCACACUAUGCUAUUUGGUGUGUUGCAAAGCCAACAGUGCCUGAUCCUAUAAUACAGUUCGCUAUGGACUAUGCAUGUGGAUCUGGGGCAGAUUGCAAAUCAAUUCAACCCAAUGGAUUGUGCUUUCAGCCCAACACUUUGUUGGCCCAUGCUUCUUUUGCUUUCAAUAGCUAUUGGCAGAACACUAAGAUUGGUGGGGGCACUUGUGACUUUGGUGGUACUGCUAUGCUUGUCAACGUUGAUCCAAGUUAUGACAAGUGCAGCUUCAUGUCGACUUAGCUCAUUGCUAGCUAUUGCAUUUGGAGACGAGCUAAAUAAUUGAAAACCUCUCUUUCCAAUGUAAUUUUUGAUGUAACAAUAAAUUUCAUUGCUUUAAUUAGAGAUAUUCUUUGGGUUUUGUUCA